CCGGUCCACGCUGUGGAAUAAUCAAACACACCCCUCGUCCGAUUGAGCAACACUCUGCGAGUUAGUUUGCAAACUAGUGAGUUAGAAAUCACCGCUACUGCACACAGAUGGGUUAAUACAAACAUAUUUAAUUAGAUAGCGUUGUGUGGACACACACAUAAGCUCCAGCUAUCGUUUAAACUAACUUUAUUUUGUCGUCAUGUCUUCCAGGAAGCGUAAAUGGCACUACAAGGAUGUAAAGUGUGUUUUCUUUCCGGAUGAUGUCGGAAAUGGUUUACAAAAAGUUGGUAAAGAGCCACCAUCACUCUCAUCUGUGUCUUCGGCCAAGAGCUGGGAGAAGUGUGGGGACAGUUUUCUGGACACUCCAGUCAUAAAGAACCUCAAGUCAUCAGGAAGGAAACUGUCUGACAUAAGAAAGUUGUCCCAGUCCCCUGCUUUAGUGCAGACCAGUGCUGUUCCCUGUAAUGAAGACCCAGUGCACAUUGCGUGGAGCUCCAGUGAUGGUGAACAGUCUGAUGAAGAGACGCAGCAGCAGCGUCCUCAGAGACCCGAGAGACCCACAGCUCCAAUUCAGUCUUACACAAGAGCGCUGCGCAUGCUCAGCUCUGAUAAAGAUGAACUUCCUGUUAUUGACACAGAUAGUGAUCUGGAUGAAUCUGAGGAAGAUGCCGAAAAGGACAGCGGGCAACGAAUCUCUGAGUGUGAAUCUCAGUCCUUUGAUGAAAAAGCAGAAGAUUCACCCGUUACACCUACACAUAUGACAGAGCUGGAGAUAUCAGGCUACGUGUCUGACGGCGAGAUUAUUGACGCCACAAUGACUUCGAGCAGACUGGACUCUCCUCUUGAAACGGGUGAGGGCAGCAGAAGGUCGAUUCGUGACUGGGUCAGAUCUGCUCAGGCGAUGCUGCAGACGCCUCAGAAACUGCAGUCCAAGAUGCAGUCCAAGACCCCUGAAGACUCCGCCAAAAAGAAAAGGAAAUUAAAAAGUGGAGGCUUUGCUGAGAGGCUGAAUCGACUCCAGUGCAGACAGAGGUCAGCUGUCAGCUUCUGGAGGCACCAGUCUAUCUCUGACACCACAGCGACAGUGGACAGGCCUGGUGUGCUGGUGCUGGAGGUGCUGGAGGUUCAGGAGGAGUGCAGCAUGCAACUGGUGCACUGUGAGCGCCACCAGCCUCCCGGAGAGGGCCACCAGCAGAGUAACGCUCUCUCUGAAGAAAGAGCACAUUUGCUGGCGUUGUUCAACAGAGAGACUGCAGCCCAGCUGAUGCUUGCACCCAGAGAUAUCGUCCACAUAUACCCGCCAUGGCAGAGUCUUUCUAUAGAGGGCUCCAGCUGUGAUAUUAUUCUGAACACACACUUCAGCCAGAAAGUCUCCUCUGCUACUAAAGCAGCCACCCUGUCCCUUCCUCGAGGCCUGCUCUCAGCAGAAAGGUGCAAGCCGUAUUCUCUGUGUAAGAUAUUUGGACUACUGGAGGAAUGCAGGACCCCAGCGGAGAUCGACGGCAAACAAGUUGCUGCUUCCGACGCCCUGUGCAGUUUUGGAGGUUCAGGAGGUUUAGGAGGUUUAACAAGACACUGCCUUUCUCUCCUCGAAGCUAUCGAGGGCCUGGGCCAGGCUGGCUCUGUGGGGCAGGACGUGGAGGUGACGGUCCAGAGAGUUUACUCCAUCCCUGCUCUUGACUAUUCGCCCGUGUCCAUCCUCAAGCCCAGACAUCUCACCAGGUCUUCCUCAGCUCCUCCUCCUGCAGAAAAAGGCAAAACCAGGCUCUGUGUGCUUGUCCAGGAUAGCUACGGGAUGUUCAGCGUGGUCCAGCUCCACCUUCUGCCCUGCAAGGACGACCUCCGCCAGUACUGCCACAUGUGGCAGGGGAGGACGUGCGUGCUGAGAAACAUUAAAGUGGUGCAGCGGGUCACUCGAGAGAGGAGCAUCAGGCUUUUCAGCUUGAUAGACAGUCUGUGGCCUCCAGUGCUGCCUCUUAAAGUUCAUGGAAACACGCCUAGUAUCUCCAGCGAAAGCAGACCUCCCGGUCCAGCUCCACGUUUCUGUUACCUGCUCUCUGGUCAAGAGAGCUCGGUUGAACCCACCGAGGAGCAAACUGUGUCCCCGCUUUACCUUCCUCCCGCAAAACGAACCUUACGAGACUUACUGCAGAGUGAGAUUAAAACAUGUCGCUGCAGUUUUGUUGCCACUGUUCUAUACAAGAGAAGAACGCAGAGCAGUGAUGUAGGCCAGCGUGAGGUUUGGUUGGUGCUGACAGACUCCAGUCUUCAGGAGGAGCAGCCCCAGAGUCCGUGCAGGCGAACGGAGGCCCUGUGUGUGAGCACUUCCUGUGCGCUCACUUCCUCUGUCCUCGAAGCACUAAAUUCCCCCGCUGCCUGUCGCAUGUCAUUCAGAGAUGCCAUCAGAGAACAUGGUGUUCUCCUGUGUGCGGAGCAGUCGGUUGUUGAGAUGUGCGAACUCGAGUCCAGGUCUCACUCGCUUCCACAGUUGCCGCCUGAGCCUGAGGCAAAGACCCUGCCCCAACCUGUGAGACUGGAUCCCCUGAGUCCCGACAUCACACCCAACUCCCUCUGUUCUCUCUCAGGGGUUAUAGUUGGUGUGGAUGAGAACACAUCUUAUUCCUGGCCUGCCUGCAACCACUGUGGAAGUGACAAUUUAGAGAUGUUAGAUGAAAGACUUCAAAACUUCCGCUGCGUUUCCUGUGAGUCGUCGAUGGACAAGCCGGACACGAGGAUCCGACUGGAAGUGUUCUUGACUUCUUCGUUAAGUAGUUGCACUUUGAAGGUUAAGCUGCAGCAAAAGACGAUUAUGUCCAUCCUAAACACUGCAGCACUGGAGGGUAAUGAGUUCCCAGGUUACGAUGUGGAGAAUGUCCUGGGAAAAGAGGUGGGCCCCCUCGCCGUUUACGUCCGAGUCGUCACCAGGAAACCUGCCCUCUGGAUCGGCCUGGAAGAAAUUUGCCUCUGAAGCUGUCAGGGCAAGUAGCUCAUGUUAUCAAUCCUCAUGCCUCAGCAGGCUCCAAGGAUCUGCACAUGAGGCCUCGGUCUGAGCCCGUUCUGCCUCCUCUCCCCCCUCUGAAGGCCUGACAGCUUAAGGCUGUGCUGAAGUGAACCGGCUGCAUAGACGAGGUCUUGUUUGUGUUAAUGAUAUGUGAUCCUGUGGACGAGGAGUUGACAGACCAAGGGUAGGCAAGUGGCAUGCAGUCUGUCAGAGCAGCCCACGUGGUUCCUCAAGGACUUUAUGGACUUUUGGUUGUAAACACAUUUAAGUGUUCUGAAAAAAACUUUUUUCUAACGAUCUUCCUCUUCCUCUGUAUUUAUGAUUACUGACACUGUGUCAAUAAAAAGUUGUAUUUUUGCUGACUUGA